UGCCUUCAACCUUGAUCAUAUAUACUUCGCUGUGUUCGAUUAAUCAAGUGCAGUGUCGCGUACUGUGAACCUGAAACAACAAAAGUUUGUCAUGUAAGACAUUGAAGAUUGAAUGCACAAAGAUUACCAUUUGUUUGAGUUUAUGCUGAAGGUCUUUGAUCAGCUGUUAACCGUAGGCUUGACUUUAUUUUAUUUCACUUUUGUGGAACAGAAAUGCCUUUCUUAAGUCCAGACUGGAGAUAUCCUGGAGAUCAAUGGCUGAAAACAAAUGAAAGUGGCAGCAUGUGGGAAAACGCCAAAAUAUACAGACUUAGGAUAUUUGAGACGAUUAAUGAAAAUGUUGUAAAACGAUUGUGUCGACAAGCACUAAAAGAUGAAAAUGAAUCAACGCCUUAUGCCAGUGAUUACCUUAGAGCAGUUUUUUAUCAGCCACAUAUACAUCUUCAAGCUGGCGCUACUCGUGAGAUAGCGACAACAACUACCAUCAGUGAAGCUUUACUUAAGCUAGAUACUAAGGCGGCUUUGAGGGAUAUAAGGAGGUUUGAUUACAUUUGCAAGAUAAUGGAACUUCUCAUAUCAGAACACUUUCAUAGACUAGCUGGUAGACUUCAACUGUUCCUUGUUGAACUUCUUAGAGAAGUGCUUAAGCAAGUCCAAGCUAGCUGCAAUCAAACGGCACGUUUUCGAAAACUCUUGGAUGCAUUAAAAGAAAAUUUAGAGAAAAAUGAGUACGAUCACAUAGGAAGUACUUUGCUUUGGACAAAUCACAGGAAAGCUUUAGAGGAGAUGUAUAGCUGCAUUGAUAACUUUGAUAUUGAGAAGAAAAUUCAAUCAAUUGCUACACAUCCUUCCCAUAAACUCAGGUCUUUAAGUGAACGUGAAAGCUCUACAGAAGAAUGCAUAAAACUUGAAAGGCUUCCGUCUGAAUGUUUAUCUCAUGUUCUCACUUACAUUGACUCUCCUCAAGACCUUGAAACAGCUUCAUUGGCUUCAAAUGCUCUAGCAAGUGUUGUUGAAGAUGAGCAUUUUUGGAGAACUUUAACUCUGACAUAUUUUGAUAUCAGUCAGAUACCAAGUGUUAAUUAUGGUCUUCCUGGAUGGCAUAGUCAACCUCCUGUAUCAAUAAGUGAUUGUAAUUGGAAACGCGCUUAUGUUCGACUUCUUAAAAGAUAUGGUGACAAUCAUGUUUAUCCAGCAAAGCUAGCUGUUUGUGAAGUUUGCUUUUGUUUAUUUUGGCCUAUCUUUGGGCAUCCAUGUCACUAUCCUAACAAGGAAUCACGAAUACGUCUCCUAUCUCCAAAUGAAUUUAUCCUGCUGUUUCAAAUUUGACAGUGUAAUUUGCAUUUUGCGUCUAUGCAAUGGUUACUGCUCUUCAAGGUAUCAAUAUUGGAGUGCCUUCAGUUCGUUUUUCCCCUUUAUUGACACACACAUAUAUACAUCCUUUUAUCUUCUUUAUUAAGUCUAUGCUUAUUCCCCCUAACCUGGAUCCCAAAGACUGUGCAUUUCCUCAGAUUAUGUGCAAUGUGUUAGUAGUCUUUUGUCAUUUAGUUCCUUUUUUUCUUCUUUUUGAUCGAUUAAUUUUUGAUAUUUUCAUCUCUACAAAGCGAAGUUUCUACCGAUCCACGUAUAUAAAUAUUUUCAAUUUUAUUUGAAAAGUAUUUUCAACAUGCUUUUUUGUGUUGAAUUGUCUUUCUUUUCGACUAAUUUCUGUCUCUAUCAGAGCCUAAACAUGUCACAAAAUACACACGAACCGUAUUUAAACUGUGAUCUCAGCACAACAAAAAGUGUUUAAUAUUGUCUUUAUUUUCGCGCCAGUGAAUACUUGAAAGUUUAUCUGUAUUUAUUUACUGAAUUAUUUAUUUAUUUAUUUAUUAAUAUAUUUAUUUAUCUGUUUACUGAUUUUUAUUUACCUUCUUUUUUGUUUACUUAUGUUUUUGACAAGAUUUAUUUUUUGUUUGCCUUUUGUUUCUUUUCGUUUUCUGUUCAAGUUAAAGAGCGACAAGACAAAAACAAGAUUUAUUGUUUUUGUCACUUGUUUGCUUUCAUAUAUAAUGCAUACAUAUGCAUAUUCA